CACAUGGCUUGUCUUCAUACACCCUAGACCUACCUCCGUCUCUCAGAGACGUCGCGGAUUUGAAUUUUUUCUGUAAUUUGUUCUUAUUCAAUACUCUCUCAAUAUAUUAUUUGUAUGUUUCACUGAAAAAACAAAAGCUUCAGGAUUCUACCAGAUUUUCUUCUUUGAGCUUGAGACUAUUGAACAGUCCCAAAUCCCAUUUCCCAAUUUCCCUUGGUCUUCUCAAUAAACCCCAGAGACCUAACUCCGUCUCACAGAGACCCACACCUACAAUCUGUUCAACUCGCAUUGCUUAAUUGCAACGCUGAUUUAACUUUCUAGUUUUUCAUGUAUAUAUUCUUAUUCUCCAUUUUUGUUUUUCUGACAAAGCUUCAGAAUUUACCAGAUUUUUCCAUUAAUUUUCACUCCCAAAUUCAUCCAAACUGAGCAAAACAGAGAGAGAAUAAGACUACAAUUCGAAAACACAGAGAGAGAGAGAGAGAGAGAGAGAGAGAGAGAGAGAGAGAGAGAGAGAGAGAGAGAGAGAGAGACUUAACAGAAGGUUUGCAAAGAGUUCUAACGCUUACAGCAAAAGAAGCUCGAUACCAGCUAGCACUCAAGUUUUGAUUUGGGCUUCUCGUAAAAAGCUCUUCGAAGUUUUACCUUUCGGUCCAGAAUUUCAUUUGAGUUGCUGAAUUCUGCCAAGCUUUAAGCUAAUCACGCAAGCUUUGCAUUAUAAAUUGAUGGCUUGAAUCUAGGCAUUGGAAUAGUUUCUGUAUUGGAUUCAACCAUGUUGUUACUGGUAUCUUCAAAACAGAUUUGUUGGACAACUGGUUGAUGGAGGUUGUGAAGUGUGAAAGUUCAUUUGGAGAAGACAGCGAUGAUGAUAGCCAUGGGCAAUAUGCCAAUGAUGAUGAUGCAGAAUAUUCCUAUGCUUCUGGCUUAGUGCCCAAAUUGCAAUCCAGGAACAUUGUGUCAAAGGCCCGUUGGAAUCCUAAAAUGGAAAUGGCUGAAGUCAUAGUUCAAAAGGGUUCACUUUGGAAGACAACUGGAAUAGCUCGUAGUGGCAUGAUCUAUUGCUCAAUUGAAGAAGUUUUGUUUUUGGCUGAAUUAGGGGCUUUAAUUCUAUUGGAUCAUUGUGAUGCCACUCUUCCCUUAGAAGAUAUUUACGUAAAGGUUGCAAAUGGAAAAAAUGGGUGUUCUUGGGAGCAAUUUCAGGCGUAUAAACAACUAAAAUCUCUUGGUUACAUUGUUGGACGACAUGGUGUACCCUGGUCCUUGAAGGGUGUCAACAGAAGCAAUGAAUGUGUUUCUUCUAAAUGCUCUGUAGAAAGUGCAUUGGCAGACUCGGAAUCAGAAGACAAAAGUUCCAUUAUUGGAAUGUUCAAUGGAAUGCAGAUCAACGAAGCAAGGCCAGUUUUUGAUGUUUAUCUACCCAACAGCAAGUUUAGAAAGUCUUCUCCUGGCGAUCCAAGCUUUGUUCUCUGCUUUACUGGGGGCUAUCCACCAUCCAAAGCAGAACUUGAAGCCCUGGAGAGACAGUGUGGGGGAGUUCCUUUGAAGUUUUGUCACAUCGAGCAUGGACGGGUCAAUUUCUUUUCUUUUGACCGAGUGGAGCUUCCCGUUCUACCCUGACAUAUGCAGUUUUAUAGUUCUAGAAAUGUACUAGGUUUGUUUUUGUUCGACCAUGGAUCAUAGUUUUUGCAUUCGAGUUUACUUUUUGAUAGUAACUUCUCAACAUUUUGAAAUUUGUAGAAGUUUUUCUGAGUGCAUAAGAAUGCUCUGAACAUAAGAAUGGUAAAUUUGCAUACAGUUCGUAUUA